AUGGUAAAAGAUGAAUAUAAGGUGGAAUCCGACUUGGUGGAGAUCACUUAUUCACUACCGGAAUCAAUGUUGCAACAUAUGGCGCCGGAUACUCCUCCAAUGCAUGUCACAAAUGAUAGACAAGUUCAGAAUUUGAUCGAGCUAAGUAGAGCGCAUGUUAUACGUCUUUGUGUCUCGAUUCGGUUGGAGAUGGAUUGUGAUGUCAACAAUGAUUGUGAUGGAAUUUUGGACAGUGAUUACAGUGUUUACGGAAAAGUGAAAGAUGAGGAUCAAGAUGAUAUCACAUUUGAUGGUGUUGGUGGAAGUCAGCGUUGUCUUGGCGAAGGAGCAAGAUCAAAAUCGACAUGGUCUGAUGGUAUAUUUGUCGGACAGAGUUUUAGUAGGAAGGAUGAGCUGCUUAGAGAGUUGCGAUUGACGGCCAUGAUGUCAAGAUUUGCAUUCAAAACAUACAAGUCUACUAAAACUCUGUUAGUCGCUACGUGUCGUGUGAAAGGAUGCAAGUGGAAAGUCAGAGCGUGUGACAAAUGA